AUGAAUACCGCCGAAAAUGGCAUCUCCCGGAUGGGUACAACGGGAUACGGGGCGUAUUUGGGGACGGGUGAAGACGACGAAGCCGUGACAACAUCCUCUGCUGCGCAGCCUCGGCGCAAAGGUAGCUCUCUUCACCGAGGAUCGUUCUAUGGCAGACUUGGCACGAGGACCUCGGAAGCGGAGCCGCGGGCCUCUCUGUUGAAGACUGAUACAGGGAAGGCGCCUCACGUGAUGAAGCAAAUGCGCGUGCAGCUCUUCUACGAUGAAGAUGCGUACCCUGCAGGGGUCGAGCUCGAUUUGUUCGCUUUGCUGUACGACAAGGAUUGCAAGUUCCUCGAUUGCGUGUUUUAUCGCAACACGGAGGGCGUCAACGGCGCGUUCUCUUUGAACGUGGCGACUAACUCGCUCGCUAUGGACUUAACCCGCGUUCCAGAAGAGUGCUCAGUCAUCGUUCUGGCCGCUGCCGUGUAUACGCUCGGCCUUACACUGCCAGAGCUGGAGAGAGGUCGCAUUCAGAUUUGUGGCGGCUUCAUGGGACCGACCGUGAAAGACAUCGUACUUUCAGGCUUAGAAGCGCCACCAGGGACUCCGAGCACGGCAGGCCUGGUCUAUUUUGCGAUCGGAGAAAGGGGUGGUCAGUGGUACUACAAGGACGCCAUGACUUUCACAAAGCCAAGCCUUGAUGCCAUCAUGCGACCUGCCAAGGAAUUGGCAGACCAGUUGGAUUUGGAGAUGCGACAGCCUCAUUCCUACGGCUUGCCUAAACUGGAUGCACUGCUUGAAGCGGCGAACGCCCGACGCCGAGGGCUAUCGUUUAGCUCAGAUGGCAGCAGCGGCCACAAAAGCACCCACAACUUCACGCGGCAUGCGGCCGAUCCUCUCGAACAAUCUCUCAGCCGAGCGAACAGCUUGCGUCAACGGAUUGCUGCCAUCAAGCACACUAUCUCGUCUCAUGAUAGCCUGUCAGACUACGUGAAAGCCGAUGUGGAUGAAGGCUUCCGGCGAAAGGUGAACGCCCGUCUGAGCGAUAUUGACGAGCGCCAAAGUGUGCUCGAGGACACCCUGAAUAAAGUCAUUGCCAGGCUGGACUACUUGUACGCGUAUGUGGGGGUCGAAGAAGACGAUAGCUGA